UCCAAAAGUAAGUUUGUGACUUGAAGUGUGUUGUGUUUUUUCCAUUGAAUAAACCCGCUCUGGUUUUAUGUGCUUACCUUUUGGAGUAGCAUUGCUUCAGUUUAAAAUGUCAUGGCAGUGAAUUGACAAUGUAAUCUUACCCAGAAUGUUUUGGCAGUUUUAAUAUGUCAUGGCAGUGAAAUGACAUGUGUCUUACCCAGAAUGUUUUGCCAUGACAAUGUAAUCUUACCCAAAACUUUUAAAAUGUCUUGGCAGUUUUAAAAUGAUAAGAAUGUUUUGGAGAUUUGGCCAUAUGAUGAACCGCUUUACCCAGUUUGUAUGUAAACCCCCUUUCAUGGCUUCACCCCCAUCCAGGGCCAGUCCUAACAUUUUAGAGGUCCUGAGCGAGACAAGAAUGGAUGCCCUUUAUUCAAAGAAAAAACACAUACAAUUACUUUCCAUUUAGCUGCAAAAUAAAAUUGCAUACAUGCAUAGAAACAGGCUCAUAAUCAAUACUCUUUUGGGACUAUAACUGUAACAUGCUUGUCGAGAACUCAUCCCCCACCCAGGACCUGCAGCGAGCCAUGACUAUGGAAUGGAGAAUACAGGAAGCAAUUGCUACAUUGAAAAUAGCAAUAAUAACACAUGAUCCUAAACACUUUCUGAAAAUUAGCGGAAGGUCGCUUAGUACUUAAAUUUUAGUAAAGUAGGGGAAAAUGUGCCAUAAUUGGGCAGUCCUAAAAAAAUAGCAGUGCUAAUCCAUACCCUUUUCAACCCUAUCGCAGAUGUUUGAAACCAAAAACCAAAUCCACAACAAAAAUGAGAUAUUCCCUUAUAGUGCUGAUGUCGUGUUCCAGACUUCCAGUGGAAGUGUGGAACAGUAGUAUAUAAUAGGUAACCGAAGAAGAAGAAUUGGGAAAAGAUACCAUGUAUCGGAUUCUGGUAGUGUCAUUGCAAAUGAAAAGAAUUGUACUAUCGUAGACAAGUUGGUUGGAAAUCGUUAACAUGCCACCCCCUCACCCACCACCACCACCAAAAAAAGAAACUUAAUUGAGAAGAACAUCAUCUGUAAAAGAACUCGGCCCCCAGGGGAAAGACUUCCCCUGAGGUAUUUCAAUUAAGAAGAAGCACCCGAAACCUGGGCCGAGAAAAGCCACGAAAGCAUGUCCCCUGUAGAUGGGGAGCUGCCCCUUAUGGAUCAGGCCUUAACCUGUGCUUUGAGGCCCCUGCCCCAUACACGAGGAACAAAGGAAAUCCAUCAUCUAUCACCUGCAGGGAGCCAUGAAUAUGGAAAACGCAGGAAGUAAUUUCUACAUUCAAAACAGUAGUAACGACACAUGAUCCUAAACAGUUAGAAAAUUAAUGGGAAGUUGCUUAGUAGUUAGAUUGCAGUCAAGUAGGGGAAAGCGUGAUAUUAUUGGGCAGUGCUAAUCUAUACCCUUUUCAACCCUAAUGGAGAUGUUUGAAGCUAAAAUCACAAAAAAGUUCAGGAUAUUGUCUUAUAGUGCUGGUUCCGUGUUCCUGGGGUAUUUAAUUGGUAAUCAAGGAAGAAGAAUCGAGAGAGGUACCGUAUAUGCAAUGACUGUGUGGGACUCCGGUAGUGUCAUUGCGAAUUGAAAGAAUCGUACUAUCAUAGACAACUUGGUUGAAAAUCCUUAAAAUCUGGCUCUCAUCCUUUAGUCAUCUGUUUUGGGAUAAAGAGGGUAGAACGAGAAGGCUCUUAUCAGCACAUAGGCUAGCCUACUAGGUUGGCAUCUUGCUUUGGGGCUUGGCCGACUGGGUCUUCCUUGCUUGUCAAUAUGAGCAUGUAGGCUAUGCCGUAGUCCUUGUGAGUUGCGGCGGCAUCCCACAUGAACUAGACACUGGUUUUAGUGCAUGGGUAGGCCCAAAUUUUGGGGGGCCCUGCACGGUUGCCGUGGGCCUGUGGCUGCCCUGCCCUGCUGCGAGACUAGACUGCACGGAACACGUGUUUUAAGGCCAUUAGGUGUGAGUUGGUGCCAAACUGCCAACACAUUGGCAUGGCACAAUUAUCUUGUAGUGUUUCAUGUCCUGUUAACGCCAUAUAUUCGCCUUAUAAAAAGGGAAAUAACACCACGUUUGUGUGCAUGCAUUAGUUCUGCUCAUCUGGCAUUACCUGGAUUCUCCUUUCGUGGUUCCAGUGGCCUUUUAUAACGGAAAUGCUAGCUGUCUAUUCCAUUCACACUUGCCUAUUGAUUUUUUGCCUUAUUUAUAUUUGGCCCUUUUAUAUCGUCUUCUUGGUGAGCCCCCGUGCUACUAUCUUCAUAAUUAGCUUGUCGCUGCAGAGAUCUGUAUUUGAGAAUUGAGAUUGAGCGUACUCUUGGCCUCGGCUUUCUUCCCCAGCGUGGAACACCCUUUUGUUCCAAAUUCGAUCGCUGGGAAAAAAAAGUCAAUGGUUGGUAAUCUGCCCCCAGUUCACCCUCAUGCUGGAUCACGGGCAGUCCAUGAGUAUCAAUUUCUUCCUGAACAGCCAAGUGAUAGGUAUGAGGGUGCAAGCAGAUCUCAUGAGGGAGCAAGCAGAUCUCAUUAUUAUGACACUCCAGUUGAAGCAUCGAAUUCGAGGAUGUCAUCGCAUACCCCGGGAUCACAUCUUCUCCGUGGAUCUGAUGAGGCAGCACCUGGUUAUGCUUUCCAAGGUCAAAUGUCUGGUUCUGGCCAUUUGCCUCAAUCAGGCAGGCGUGAGGUGCUUCCAGCAGUACCAACAGAUUACGAGAUGAUUCAGUCCAAUAGCGACCUUAAUUCUGUUCCAGUCGAAGGCCAGUAUGGUAUUUCUCAGGUUGCUGGAAUUGAAAACUCACUUCUACCGUCUGAAAGAAGAGCCUAUCAUGAUGAAGACGGCUCUCGAGUGGAUAGAAAGCGAAAACACAAUGAGGAAGCAAAAAUUGCAAAGGAAGUUGAAGCUCAUGAAAGACGAAUUAGGAAGGAGCUUGAAAAACAAGACAUGAUGAAGAGAAAGAGAGAGGAACAGAUGCGCAAGGAGAUGGAGAGACAUGAUCGUGAGAGAAGAAAAGAAGAGGAGAGAUUGCUGCGUGAGAGGCAGAGAGAACAAGAGAGGUUCCUAAGAGAGCAAAGGCGUGAACAUGAGCGUAUGGAGAAGUUUAUGCAGAAGCAAUCUAGACGAGCAGAGAAGCAAAGGCAAAAGGAGGAGCUCCGAAAGGAGAAAGAGGCUGCAAGGCAAAAGGCUGCCAAUGAAAGAGCCACAGCACGCAGAAUUGCACGGGAAUACAUGGAACUUGUGGAAGAUGAGUGCUUAGAACUAAUGGAAUUGGCUGCACAGAGCAAAGGGUUGCCAUCCAUGCUUAGUCUUGAUAGUGACACAUUGCAGCAGCUUGAUUCCUUUAGAGGCAUGUUGACUCCAUUCCCCCCUGAACCGGUGAGACUGAAGGAGCCAUUUUCGAUAAAGCCUUGGACAGUAUCUGAGGAUAAUGUUGGGAACCUUCUGAUGGUGUGGAAAUUCUCGAUUACUUUUGCUGAUGUUCUCGGGCUUUCUUCAGUUACAUUUGAUGAAUUUGUUCAGUCUCUUCAUGAUUAUGAUUCAAGGUUGUUGGGGGAACUGCACAUUGCUCUGCUGAAAUCCAUCAUAAAGGAUAUUGAGGAUGUCUCCCGAACACCAUCAGUUGCAUUAGCGGUGAAUCCAGCAGGUGGUCAUCCACAAAUUGUUGAAGGGGCAUACGCUUGGGGGUUCAAUAUACGAAGCUGGCAACGCCACCUGAAUGUUCUUACUUGGCCUGAGAUAUUACGACAAUUUGCUUUAUCUGCUGGUUUUGGGCCUCAGUUAAAGAAAAGGAACGCUGAAGAUGUUUAUUAUCGAGAUGAUAAUGAGGGUCAUGAUGGUCAGGACGUCAUAUCCACCCUCCGAAAUGGUUCAGCAGCUGUGCAUGCUGCUGCUUUGAUGAAAGAAAGAGGCUACACCCAUCGCCGUAGAUCUCGGCACCGUCUCACUCCUGGUACCGUAAAAUUUGCUGCUUUCCAUGUGCUGUCCCUUGAAGGAAGUAAAGGUCUCACGAUAUUGGAAGUUGCAGAAAGAAUCCAGAAAUCUGGAUUGAGAGACCUCACAACAAGCAAGACGCCUGAGGCAUCUAUAGCUGCUGCCUUGUCAAGGGAUACAAAACUUUUUGAGCGAACUGCUCCUUCAACAUACUGUGUCAAGUCCCCUUAUAGAAAAGAUCCAGCUGAUUCUGAGGUUGUGCUGUCAUCAGCACGUGAAAAAAUUAGGGCUUUUCAGAAUGUGAUUUCUGACUCUGAAGCUGAAAAGGAGGCUAAUGAUGCCGAGAGGGAUGAGGAUUCUGAAUGUGAUGAUGCUGAUGAUGAUCCUGAUGGUGAUGAUGUGAAUAUUGAUGUAGGAGAUGGCAAGGAUCCCCUUAUUGGUGUUAAAGAACAGGAUGGAGUACCGAUUACAACUAUAGUAGAUAGCACAAAGAGGGAAAAAGAAAAAGUGGAUGCAUUAACCCAAUCGAGUGAUCUUACUACAUCUGGAAAAGAGGCUCCCAAGCCUUCUUUAGGCAAGCCCAGUUCAGCAAAUACUUCUAGUGAUUCACCUGUCAGAGCCUCAUCAGAGUACCAUGAAGUACCUCCUACUGAUGCUGAAGAUAAGGAGAUUGAUGAAAGUAACCAAGGUGAAUCUUGGGUCCACGGAUUAGCAGAAGGUGACUAUUGUGAUCUUAGUGUCGAAGAACGCCUCAAUGCCCUGGUUGCACUUGUUAGUGUUGCCAAUGAAGGAAACUUUAUUCGUGCUGUGCUGGAGGAACGUCUGGAAUCAGCAAAUGCCUUAAAAAAACAAAUGCUGGCAGAGGCACAACUUGAUAAGAGGCGUUCCAAGGAAGAGUUUGCUGGCAGAGUGCAAUAUAAUUCCAACAUGAAUUUGAAGGCUGAUGUAAAUCAAGAAAAUGCUACUGAGAGUACUCCAACUCCAUUUCAUAAUGUUGAUAAACAUAAUGAUGGAAAUACAGGGGUUGUGGAUAAUAAUAAUAAUGAGAUAAUUGACCAUAACAGUAAUGCAGCUAAUGCAUCUUAUGAGAGGAAUGGUUUAGGGCAGGACAUAGCUGCAACACCAGAUACUUUGUCAGUUCAGCAGUAUGCUUAUGCUGAUAAAACACGGUCUCAGUUGAGAGCAUACAUUGGUCAUAGAGCAGAGCAGCUCUUUGUUUAUAGAUCGCUGCCCCUAGGACAGGAUCGGAGACGAAACCGAUAUUGGCAGUUUUCAACUUCUGCAUCACCAAAUGACCCUGGUUCAGGACGAAUUUUUUUUGAGUGCAGAGAUGGAUACUGGAGGGUUCUUGACACAGAGGAGGCAUUUGAUUCAUUAGUAGCUUCCCUUGAUACACGUGGCAGCAGGGAAGCACAAUUGCAUUCAAUGCUACAAAGGAUCGAACCAACCUUUAAGGAGGCUAUUAAGAGGAAAAAGAGUGCAGUUGUAGAACAAUCCGCUGGAAGGUAUCUAAAGAAUGGAGCUACGGAAAUGAUUAGGGCAAGUUAUCGUAGUGAUUUUGGAAGCCCAAGCAGUAAUCUUUCUGGUGUCACUUCUGAUAGUGCUAUAGCAUAUUCAGAUUCUUUCAAAAUAGAGCUUGGGCGUAAUGAUGUUGAGAAGACUGCUAUUUCAAAAAGGGCAGAUGUCUUUAUAAGAUGGAUGUGGAGGGAAUGCAAUGAUUGCAAAUUGACAUGUGCCAUGGAGUAUGGCAAGAAAAGAUGCUCUGAGUUGAUGCAUUCUUGUAAUUACUGCUAUCAGAUUUACUUGGCUGAAGAAAGGCACUGCUCUUCUUGCCACAAGAAUUUUAAAUCUAUUCACAAUUUUUCUGACCACGCAUCACAAUGCAAGGAUAAGCUAAGAACUGAUCAUAACUGGAAGAUGCAAACUGCAGAUCAUUCUGUUCCUAUAGGAGUGAGAUUGCUCAAAUUGCAGUUAUCAACCAUUGAGGCUUCUAUUCCACCAGAAGCAAUUCAACCAUUUUGGACUGAUGGUUAUCGAAAAUCUUGGGGUGUGAAGUUGCACUCUACAACUUCGUUGGAGGAAAUAUUUCAGAUGUUGACACUGCUGGAAGCCGCAAUAAAACGGGACCACCUAUCUUCAGAAUUUGAAACAACAUCUGAGUUGCUUAACUUGAACACACAAGAUAAUCCAUCCCAGAAUCAUGUUGGAUUGUCUGGAUCUGCUGCUGUACUUCCAUGGGUUCCUGACACUACUGCUGCGAUUGCACUACGAAUGUUAGACCUAGACUCAGCAGUAUCAUACAUGCAAAAUCAAAAGAUGGAGAGAAAUGGUGGAGAUUUCAUGAAGCCUCCAUCAAGGUUUGUGGCUGUUAAGAAUGCACAAGAAUUAGAUCCACUGGAAACAACCGGUUUAGACCUUUUUGAUGGAAGGUGGGCUACUGGUAGUGGCCGUAGGGGUCGUGGACGAGGAAGUAGAGGGGGUAGCAGGGGAGGCAGAGGCCGAAGUCGAGGUGGAAGGGUCCCAAGAGGUAUUAGCAUCUCAUCUAGGAUUGGAUUUAAGGAUGAAAAUGAAGCCUCAAGGAAGAACACUCGUCGAGGGCGUACUCGUGGCCGUGGUCGUGGGCGAGGACGUCGAACUGUUAGGUCACGGCAACCAUCUGAGGGCAAAGGCAGAUCAAUUCCCAAGGAAAAUUUGUUGGGGAGCUUUAGCAUGCUUAGCAAUGCAAAGGCUGCCACUGUUGAGGAGUCUCCAAGGAGCUCAGGUGCUGAUGAAUGGGGCUUGGAGAACAGAAGGCCAUAUAUUGAUGGUGAUGAGAACAGUUCUGGAUCUCAGUUAGAUCAAUCAGAAGAUAAUGAGGAAAAUGGCCAACCCAUGGAUGAGGAAUAUGAUGAGCAGGUUCCAGAUUAUUCUAGAGGCUAUUCUGGUGGCUCCAGGCCCCAUGGCAUGAUAGAUGAUGAUGUGAGCGAAGAAGAGGAUGAAGAUGUGGAGGGCGAUGAUGAUGGGGAGGAAGAUGAUGCGGACCGUGCAGUUGAUGAUGUUGAUGCUGAGAUGGACGAGGAUGAUGAUAUAGGUGAUGAUGGUGAGGAUGGUGGUGACGGUGGUGACGGUGUGGAGGCGAAUGCUGAUGAAGAUGAAGGCGGUUCCUCGUAUUCAUCGGAGUACAGCGACUAAGAUUGGCCAGUAGAGGCCUUAGCGUCCUAUGCCGUUAUCCCUAAAUUUCCAAUAGAUGUCUGAAUCAAGUACUGUUAGUGGGCAUUACUUGCCCUUGUGGUUAAAAUGCUAGACGCGGACCAGAGGUCUGUGUGAUAGAUAGGCAUGUAGUACUGAUGUUCAGUACUGCAUGCUUCUUUUGAUUUUCGGCGUAGCCGAGCUGCCCAAACAACCGGGUAGUGUGAAGCUGUACUUUGCUGGUUUAAGGUGUUGGGAUUGAUGCGUACAAUGUGCCAAGGCAAAGUACCAAGUUUACCUGAAUGGUUGCCUUUACAUAUUGUUACAAAA